UACUCCUACACAGCAAAUACUAUGAACUACUGUGAACGUGUUUGAUUUCUGCUCCUCACAUCCUCCAACUACUUAGGGAACCCAGUAAGAGAUUGGGGACAGGAUACCUAAGGUUUUUCUGCUGAUAACAAAAGGUCGCUCAAGCUCUAGGGAAGUACUCAUCUGUGCUCCCAUCAUCCCUUUCUCUACACAUCUCUACCCCACACAGAAAGGCACAGAGGCAGACCAGAAGCUGAUAUUUCCUAAACCAUUACACACACCCACACACACUCCCGGACCAGUAGAAGAGUUACUCUUGGAGGGGUUCCAGUGCCAAAUGAGUUCUCUGACCUUAGAAAGACACACGUGCACAGAUGCUCCCACACACACACGCCUGUGGGUUCUGCAGUAUUAAGAAGUUGUUUUAAAAAACCUUCAUCGUCUGCUGGAAUCUUUCUGUUACAUAAAAUCCAGGAAUGGACUUUACUGGCAUUGUAAAGAUUAUCUGAAGAGCACUGCUGUGAUCAGCACUGCUGAGGGAUUUGGACAUAAUACACUGGUGCUGAAGUUUCACGCUAUACAGAGAAGCUGAGCGUCUGAGAUCAUGUCUCCAUUUCUGAGGAUCGGCUUUUCCAGCUUUGAGAUGGACUCAGGACUCGCUUACCAUGAAGAGGUGCUCAGCCCAUAUUGUGCUGUCUACAUGAAAGAAGCUGUAGAGACAGAAAAGGGUCAAGUGUAUAAGCAGAAGCGACCCACCAUGUACCCUCCGUGGAGCAGCACAUUUGACGCUCAUGUUCACAGAGGGAGAGUGAUGCACGUAGUGGUGAAAGACAGAACAGCUGAGUUGAAAACAGAGGCCACAGUGCAGCUCGACACACUCGCUUCCCGUUGUAAAAAGGAGAAUGGCAAGCUUGAGAUCUGGGUGGAACUAAAGCCACAGGGUCGUCUGUUGAUGGAAGCUCGCUAUUUCUUGGAAAAAACAGAUGCAGGUCAUGGUGAGGGAGAUGGAGAUGGAGAGCCUGAGCGAGAGAGAGAGGGUGUGUUUGCGCUGCAUCAACGUCGUGGUGCGAUCAAACAGGCUAAAGUCCACCUGGUGAAGUGUCAUGAGUUCACGGCCACUUUUUUCCCCCAACCCACCUUCUGCUCAGUCUGCAAGGAGUUUGUCUGGGGUCUGAAUAAACAGGGAUAUCAGUGCCGACAAUGCAAUGCUGCCAUCCAUAAGAAGUGUAUUGAUAAAGUGAUUGCCAAGUGUACAGGCUCAGCCAUUAACAGCAAAGAAACAAUGAUCCAUAAAGAGCGCUUUAAAAUCGACAUGCCUCAUCGGUUUAAGGUGUAUAACUAUAAGAGCCCGACAUUCUGUGAGCAUUGUGGCACACUGCUUUGGGGACUGGCACGCCAGGGCCUCAAAUGUGAAGAAUGUGGCAUGAAUGUUCAUCACAAAUGUCAAAAGAAAGUAGCAAACCUUUGUGGUGUCAACCAGAAGCUCAUGGCCGAGGCGCUGGCUAUGAUUGAGAGCACUCAGCAGGCCCGGAGCUCCAGAGAUAAUGAUAUAAUCGGAAGAGAGGGACCAGUAAGUGUAGGACAGGCUGGAGUGGUCAGAGAGACCUCGGGCUAUGUGCCAUCCCUACCAAUCCAUCCCCUAAACCCGACUCCACCACCACCGCCACUACCACGCAAAGAGCAGCAGUGUGUCACCUGGGAUUCACCAUUAGAGGGCGACAGGCUUGGUCUUGGUCUCAGUGAAGAUUCCGAACCUCUGUAUGCUGUCCCACAUAAAGAGCACCACAAGUUCACCCUGGAUGACUUUACCCUGCACAAGAUGUUGGGAAAGGGCAGUUUUGGCAAGGUGUUUCUUGCUGAACUGAAAACCACUGGGAAGUUCUUUGCGGUGAAGGCUCUCAAGAAAGAUGUGGUUCUGAUGGACGAUGAUGUGGAGUGCACUAUGGUUGAGAGGAGAGUUCUGUCUCUUGCCUGGGAACAUCCCUUUCUCACACACCUCUACUGCACCUUUCAGACCAAGGAGAAUCUGUUCUUCGUAAUGGAGUAUCUAAAUGGAGGAGAUUUAAUGUUCCACAUCCAGGCUUGCCACAGAUUUGAUCUCCCACGCUCUACGUUCUACGCUGCUGAGAUAAUUUGUGGUCUACAGUUUCUUCAUGUAAAAGGCAUUGUGUACAGGGAUCUGAAGUUGGAUAAUAUUCUGCUAGAUAUCGAUGGUCACAUUAAGAUUGCUGACUUUGGAAUGUGUAAGGAGAACAUGCUGGGGGAAGCUCGAACCUCUACCUUCUGUGGAACUCCAGAUUACAUUGCCCCUGAGAUUUUGCUCGGGCAGAAAUAUGGCACCUCAGUGGACUGGUGGUCAUUCGGAGUCCUUCUGUAUGAGAUGCUGAUCGGUCAGUCACCAUUCCAUGGGCAUGAUGAGGAGGAACUGUUCCAGUCCAUACGCACCGAUGACCCUUGUUACCCUCGCUGGCUGACCAGAGAUGCACGAGACAUUCUCAUUAAGCUCUUCGUGCGUGAGCCAGAGAGGAGACUGGGUGUGAAGGGAAAUAUUCGGCAACAUCUUUUCUUCAGAGACACUGACUGGAAUGCGUUGGAAAAGCGGCAAGUGGAGCCACCAUUCAGACCCACUGUGAAAUCACCAAGUGACUGCAGUAACUUUGAUAAGGAGUUCAUUAAUGAGAAGCCUCGGCUGUCCUGUGCUGAUCGGACCCUCAUCAACAGUGUGGACCAGACUAUGUUCAAGAACUUCUCUUUUAUUAACCCAGGAAUGGCUCACCUUAAGAACCCCUGAAUCUCUCUCUCUCGCUCUCUCUCUCACUCACACCAUCAUCUCUGCGCACCCAGAAGACCAUCGCAUGUAAUGAAGAAAAUCAGUAAAGGAAAUAUUAUACUAUAGUGUCAGUGUUUAUACUGUGCUAAAAGAAGUCAACUGAUGUUGGAGGUUUCUCAAACCAUUCCACAUACUUGCACUAAUAAAAAAAAACCCAUGACCUUUGCAUGCAUGCACAUGUGGAUUUCAGAAUUAGUUUCAGCUGUAAGUUGUGUGCACUGACGUAAAAAUCCAGCUGAGAAUGUAUGCGUGUGAGAGAGGUUUUCUUGUGGUUUUAAUUACAGAGCCUGUGUGACUAAUUGCUUUUGUUGUUUGACAAUUGUUUGUUGUAAAUGUUGUUUUAUUUAGAGUUAAUGAAGUCUUGAUAUUGGUGAAAUCAAGUUUGCAGUGUUCAAGGUAUUUUAACAAAGUGUAAAGAAUAUAGUCUGCACAUGAAAGCCAAAAUACAUGAAUGUAAUAUAUGGAUAUAUGGAUUUACUCAUAGGUAUAUUACUUGUAUUAUUUUUACUGCCUAAAAUCUUUGUGUAAGUUAUAAAAAUUGCAAUUAUUAAUCAUGUUUCACAAAUAUCUAAAACUACCACUAGGAAUGUGUGUCUAUAGUAAAAUUCUUUAGAAGCAAGAUAAGAAGAAGACUAGGCUAACUAUUCAAUUAAAUUCAAUUUUAUUUAUAUAGUGUUUUGAACACUUGUGUUAAAAUAAACAUUGACCCAAAGCAGGUUUACAGAAAUCUGAAUGUAGAUUUAGUUCCCACAUAAGCAAGCCAGAUAUAACAUAAACACUACGUUCACACUGCAAGGCUCAAUGCUCAAUUCUGAUUUUUUUGUGAAAUCCAAUUUUUUAGUGAGGUCGUUCACAUUAACAAAUAUAUGCGACUUGUAUGUGAUCCUCAGUACGAACGAAAAGCGACCUAAAAGUGUUCCGCAUGCGCAUUGCAGGAUACGACGACGUCACACGCAGUGAGCAUGGCCAGUGUUUACGGAAGUAACCUAAAGUUUCCUGUGUAUGACAGUAGCCAGCAUGGAGUACCUGGCGAUGAUGCAGUUGUUGUUGCGACGGAGCCAGAACAUGCACAAUAGCCUGAUGUUAAGGAGGAGGUUGAGAGAAGGAAGAGGGCAAGGGUUUUGGCUCAGGCGUUCUGCGGGGUAGUGACUGCAACCUCCGUUCAAAGGAACGUGUGGGUGCGGAGUCGCAUUGAUGUCAUGCGCCAUGUUGUUGUAACUAUUUUUGAGAGACCCGCCGCCUACUUCAGCGCAGAAUAGUGACAUUUGUGGCUUGUUGAUGACGUGUAAGUCGGAUGAAUGCGACCUGGCGGUUCAGACUGAAGUUGCAUAUGAAAAGAUCGGAUAGGAAUCGGAAUUAGGACCACAUAUCCAAACGGCCUGGGUCGGAUUUGAAAAAAUCGGAUCUGUGUCAUUCAUAUUGUCAAUAAAAGAUCGGAUACAGGUCACAUAUGGGCGAAAAAAUCGGAUUUGAGUCACUUCAGCCUGCAGUGUGAAUGUAGUGGAAGAACCCUUGAGAGGAACCAGACUCAAAAGGAAGCCAAUCCUUUUCUGGGUGACACCGAAUAGUGUGAUGAGUCAUUAAUUUUCCACAGCUGUAUAGGAUAACCUCAAUAAGUACUGAGUAUACUGAAAGGUUGUUCAUUAUGAGCAUCAGGUUUUGUUUUUGUUUUUUUAAGAUUACAACAGAUGCUUUUAGGUACGAGUUUACAGAAUCCAAGUGAAGGUGUCCACAAAAGAACAGGUGAGUGUUGCUGUGGCAGCGGGGGCAUGGUCAAGCAUCGGUCUGUGAACGGAGGGCGGAGGCAGGGAAGGUAAGUGGCAGAAUCACUACACCUAGUUAACCUGUGUUUGUGUCUUCCCCAGUGACCACACCCUAUAAAAAGGAGAGAGAGAGAGCAGAGGAAGCAGACUCUCCCCAACCAGAAGGCUUGUGUGUGUCUGU